GCGCGGUGCCCAAAGCUGUUGCCGUUUCACGGGGGACACGCAGUAUCCCGUACCUGUGCCGUACCCCGAGGGCCCUGUUUGCACGGCUCCAUACGGCGCCCUCGGCCGCCUCCCGGUUGCUGUUUCUCACCUGCGAGUAGUCUUCCCAACCUUUAAAAAUGGGGAACACAAGCAGUGAGCGAGCUGGGCUGGAGCGUCAUGGGCAUAAGGCAUCCCGAGGUGACAACUCAGGAGGAGACAUCAGUACGAAAGAGAGUGAUAGGCCUAAAAUCUUAAUGGACAGUCCUGAAGAUGCAGACUUGUUCCAUUCAGAGGAGAUGAAGGCUCCGUUGGAGAAAGAAGAAUUCCUAGCCUGGCAACAAGAUCUGGAAGUGAAUGAUAAAACUCCUACUCAGGCUCGACCAACAGUAUUCCGCUGGACUGGAGGAGGGAAAGAAGUUUAUUUAUCUGGCUCCUUCAACAACUGGAGUAAAAUUCCUCUGACAAGGAGUCACAAUAACUUUGUGGCAAUCCUGGACCUGCCAGAAGGAGAGCACCAGUACAAGUUCUUUGUGGAUGGGCAGUGGACACACGAUCCUUCAGAGCCAGUAGUAACCAGCCAGCUAGGUACCGUCAACAACAUCAUACAGGUGAAGAAAACUGACUUUGAAGUAUUUGAUGCUUUGAUGGUGGACUCUCAGAAAUGUUCAGACAUGUCUGAGUUGUCCAGCUCACCCCCAGGACCAUACCAGCAGGAGCCCUAUGUUUGUAAGGCAGAGGAGCGCUUCAAAUCACCGCCUAUUCUCCCCCCGCACCUGCUGCAGGUCAUCCUGAAUAAGGACACAGGCAUUUCUUGCGAUCCUGCUCUCCUCCCUGAACCCAACCAUGUCAUGUUGAACCACCUCUACGCACUUUCUAUCAAGGAUGGAGUGAUGGUGCUUAGUGCUACACACCGUUACAAGAAGAAAUAUGUGACUACUUUGCUGUACAAGCCAAUAUGAACCUCACAGUAGUUUGUGACCAAAGUUCUGGGCCAGUGCAGUCUCGAAAAACACAUUCUUCUCUUAACUAAAUGUACUUCUGCUCUGUGCUGUAGCGAAGGAACUCAGAUUACAUAUUGUGUCUGAGGCUUCCAAGUUCUCCUAUAUAUGCCUUAUUUUCCCAGUCCCACCUUGGAAGUUCUUGGAGAUUGCAGCUUCACAGCAACUGGACAGAUGACAACGGUGUCGGUGCCCAUUGUCAGCUCAGUUAAAAAAACACCAAUUUAAUUUGGCUGAAAAAUAUGAGGACAGCAAGAGAUUAAGGACGGAUAGCAGUGAAACAGACUGUAAGAAAUCAACAAGCCAGCCCAAAGUCUAUAAAGUUUGGGAUUCUUGUGGAAUUAUAUUUGAGGUCAGCCCUUAGCCAAAGCAAGCCCAUUACUGCUUUCAUAACUCAUCAAAAACACAAUUAUUUCAGUGGCAAGUUCCAGACUUGCAUGGCUGAAAUAAGUGUGAAUGUUGAUGAUCUUUCUGCAGCAGCCUUUUUUAGGCAGAAUCAGCAGCACAAUCACCAAGCAGCUCGUUUUCAUUUUACAGUAGACAGGGAGUGCACUUUCUACUGUGAAUAGCUCUGUAGUUUUUCCUCUUCGUGAGAGCUGAAAUACAACUUUUCCCCUGUGGAAUUUCUGGUAAAGACAGUUGUUUUUAAUGGCUGGAUUUUUCUGUAAGUCAUAAAUGUGUGUUUCAGUAAUCUGCUUUUUGAAACCAAUUUCAGUGGCUGUUACUGAUAAGGCCUUCCUUCACCUGUGAUGGGCAGCUGUAAGGGAAUUGAUGGAUUCUCUUUAGGGAUUGGUUCUUCAGUAACAGCCGGCAGGUGAUUCUUCUGUCUCCUGUAUCCCAGUGGCCAAACUUGCCCCUUGAUGUGAGCAGUUGGAGUAUGCUGAAUUUGGCAGCUCUGGUGCUUCCACACUGUGGGGAUCUCUGCAACUUUUCAUUAUGUUUGUGUUUUCUAAGUGAUUGUAGUAUUACCAGGUUGCCUGUACUUGGUACUGACAGCCUAUUUUAUCCCAAAACAAAUGCAACAUUAAUGCAAAACUGCCUGCCGGCCUGCCGCAGGGGAACCGGCACAGGAGGUGACUGGCUGCGUCCUUCCCGCUGUUUGGUUUUUGGUGCCUGGCAGUGCUGGUGCCUGUGCCAAUGAUAACCAGCCCCGCUGCGACGGGGGGAGGAGCACAUCGCCUCCCCAGGUAAGGAGUCGGAGUGGGGACAAAAGCUGCCACAGUGAGCACUGGGGGAAUCAGCCGCAGCGAGAGGGUGGUUUACCAUCCUUGGAUCUGUUCACUCACCUUGCUGCAAUGUUCUCUGUAGAUCUGGGUCCAGUGCAAUGGUUUUCUCUGAAAACUCUUCACCCUGUGCUAUUGAGAGUACCUG